UCGCUGCUUGUAAGCUGGUCGUUUGUGAGAUAUCGCAGUUAGAAUACUCACUUUUCUUACUCAUUUUCAAAGUCUUAGAACAAGAAAUGGCAGAGUCUCCAACAAGUUGUUGGACAAGUGAACUGCAUCAGGAGUGGUGUGACACUGCAGACUGGGUAUUUUGCUACCAGAAGAGGCAAUAUGCUGCGACAUUACAGAAUAAGCAACCACCAUGAGCAGCUACAACAACUACGAGAAGGCAUCAAAUAAUUAUGACCUUGGAAGAUACCCAUCAGGUGCUGAAGUGCAGAUAGCGAUGCUCCAGGGGUACUUGAAAAAACCCUUAGAGCAGGUCCGCAUUCUGGAUGCUGGGUGUGGCACUGGCAACUACAGCAAAGUGAUGCUGGAAGCUGGAGUGGGCAAAGUUCACAUGAUUGAUGGCUCUGAAGGCAUGCUGAACCAGUCUAAGGCCAAGUUGCACAAAUACAUUGAAUCAAAGAAGAUUUUAGACAUCAAGAAACACUUCCUUCCAACAUUGCCCUUUGAAGAUAACAUGUUUGACGUGGUUAUGUUCAUGCAGGUUCUCCACCACAUCGACACCCAGUGUGACAGCGGGAUCCAAAGCUACCCCAACGCUGUUAAAUCGGUUCAUGAGGCGCUGCGUGUUUUGAAACCGGGGGGUGUUCUAAUGAUUGAUAUGCAUUCGGAGGAACAAGCCGCCAAAGGCUAUUGGUUCUACUCGUUGAUCCCCAAGGCAACAGCAAAGUUUAAGCGAAAGGUCAUUCCAGAGGGAAUGAUGUUCGAGGAACUAAGGAAAGCAGGCUACUGCAAUGUGUCAUUCAUCUCAAGGCCUGACAGCUGUCUGAUUCUUAAAGAUCAGUACUCGAAUAUCGAGGGCCCACUUAGCCCAGAAUGGAGGUGUAUUGAUUCAAUAUGGGGUCUUGUCGAUGACGAUGAGCUGAAAGAGGCCAUUGCCAAAGUGGAAGAGAUGAAACAAGAGGGAAUUUUGCAUCAGUACUAUGAAGAAACUGACGCUACUCGCAGGCGCAUUGGCCAAAGUAUUACAAUUUUUGCCCAAAAACCUGUGGAAGAGCAUCUCAGUAAUGGCAUUUCAAAUGGCAUUUCAAAUGGCAUUUCAAAUGGCACCAACGGCAAUAUAUCUAACGGGGUUUGAAUCGUUUUAUUUGAUUUAAUAAUGAGUAUGCUUUCAAUAUUUAUCUAGCAUAUAAUGUAUCAAAUGAAUUUUAUUGCCACACGUAGAACGUCCGUAUCUACGCUUGCGGUUUAAACUCUUAUGCUUAUACUCCCAAUGGCUGUAACAGCUUAUAAUCAUUUCAGUGUAUCAUUUUAUUACUCAUUGUUUGUUGUACUGUAUAACUUAAUGUUAUGUGUUUUUUAAGAAAACAAAGGCUAGCCUAUCGUUGUUAUUGCUAAUUAUGUUGUUGCUGUUGUUGUUAGUAGCUUUUUGAAUGUCCUUAUUGUAUUUUUCUUUUAUCAUGUGACACAUACGCUUUAAAAUGUCAUCUAUGUUAUCACUGUAGUUUCAACCUGUUUGCGAAAUGAAUACGAGGUCGCCUCGUGAUCAGUCUAAUGUCCACCAAAAGUACUGCAGCACGCUCAUCGUAUUCUUGUAUACUUCUCCUCUUUUGUGGAGGCUCGGUACUUUCAAUUUUCAUAAUUCUGGGUCAAUAAUUCUCUUCUUCAAAGACAGACGCCCUUUACCGCCGUUCCCAAUGCCUUGUGUUUCAUGUUUCGUAUCUCUCCUGACUGAACAGUAUUUUCGAAUUUAGAUCUCAAAUUUUCCGACAGCGGCCAAACCAGUUAUACCGAUCAAAUCGGUAUUUCUAACCUUAGCCCGGUUUUCCCAAGAGCCGAAUUUUCCCUCUACCUAUUACCUUGACAAAGUCUAAUGGUGCUGCCAUUGCAGCAAGUAGUUCGUUUAAGUAUCAUGUAAUGGCUUUAUUAUGUCUUUAAUCGUCUUUGAAACGCAAUGUAUAUUCAAUGUAGAACCAUGUAACAUGUUUUUAUGUUUUUUGUAAGUUUAUGCAUCACCAGUACAUCUUCCAUGCAAGUAUUCCUGAUGGUCAUAAUUUUUAUCCGUUAAA